CAAAUGUCUUCGCAAUGACUCGCAGAAGCAUCUCCUGGUCCUUCUUCUUGGCCAAGACUGCCUUCUUUUCCACCAUGAACAAGAAGACUCUGAGCAAAGAGAUCAGUUAGAGUGAGAGAGAGAGAGAGAGAGAGAGAGAGAGAGAGAUGGAGAGCAAGAAGCUCUUGGAGGCGGUCCAGAAUGGCGACGUCUCGGCCCUCUUGGACCUGCUCGAGCAAGACCCUCUCGUCCUCGACAAGAUCAUCGUCCUCGGCGUCUCCGAGACGCCCCUCCACGUGGCCUCCGUGCUCGGCCACGCCGAGCUAGUCCGGGAGCUGCUGACCCGCUCCCCCGGGCUCGCCUCCGAGCUGGACUCUCGGGGCAACUCGCCGCUCCACCUUGCCGCCGCCAAGGGCCACGGUGAGAUCGUGGGCCUGCUCCUGUCCGCGGACCGGGCGGCGGCGUCGGUGAGGAACCUCGACGGGAGGGCGCCGAUCCACGUGGCGGCGAUCAAGGGCCGCGACGACGCGGUGGGCCGGAUAAUUGGCGCCGGCGGGGCCAAGUCGGCUCGCGAGCUGACCGACCGGGGCGAGACGGCGCUGCACUUGGCGGUGGCGAACGGGAAGAUGGAGGUGGUGAGGUUGGUGGUCGGGGCGGUGGGGGGAAGAGACAGGGAUGAGCUGUUGAAUCGGAAGGAUUGCGACGGGAAUUGCAUCUUGCACAUCGCCGUCGCUAAGAAGCAAACCGAGACCAUAAAAUUCUUGCUUGCCAUCCCCGGAGCGAACGUAAACCCGAUCAACAAGAACGGCUCGACCCCACUAGAUGUGCUCAAGCAGUCUCCCAGGGACCUCCAGGACAUGGAAAUUGAAGACUCUCUUCUCAACAAGGGAGCUUUGAGAUCCAAGUCAAUCUACCCGUUUGACCAUGACCAUGACCCUGACCCGGACCAGCCACAGGUCCCUCAGCUCUGGCGCGAAGCUCCGACUUCGCCUUUGCUCGUCUUGUCAAAGACCCCUUCGCGGAAUAAGCCGCCAGCAAGGAAAAAGGAAAACGAGAUCAGCCGCCAUAGAUCCUCCCUCAUGGUGGUUGCAUCGCUGAUUGCCACCGUGGCCUUCCAGGCUGCCAUCACCCCUCCGGGCGGUGUGUGGCAGAACGAUCUCACCGUGGAUGAGAAUGGCCUACCCGUCAAGGACCCUCAUUAUGCAGGGACUUCCAUAAUGGCCCACAACCAAAGAGCAGAGUACGGGCUCUUCUUCAUCUUCAACACCAUGGCCUUCCUCUCGUCCCUGAGCAUCAUCCUCCUGCUGGUGAGCGGGCUGCCCAUCAAGCGGCGCCGCUGGAUGUGGGUGCAGAUGGUGACCAUGUGGAUCGCCAUGACCGCGCAGGUGAUCACCUACUUCAUCGCGCUGAGGCACAUGUCGCUGGACAAGACGGAGGCCGACGUGUACCCCGUGCUGAAGGACGUGACGGAGAUUGCGGUGCUUGCCUGGUUCUGCCUGAUGGGGUUGGUGUUCGUCGCGAACCUCGCGAGGGUGAGCCUGUAUUACCUGAGGAAGAAGGGGUACAUCAAGAAGAAGAAGAAGAGGGAGGACGAGGCAAGGGCUCUAUCGGAUGAUGCGGGUGAAGAUGAACUGGUGUGAGACUGAGCAAGUUAUAUACAUGGAGAUGUACAUACCCAGUAAUUCUGCAAAUUUUUCCGAUUCUUUGGUGUCUGUUUGAUAUAAAAGGAAUCAUGUAGAGCUUUUUCGGUUCCCUCGUGUCUUCUUCAAAAGUUUCCACUUCUGCAUUGUCUGUUGGUUGUACUUUUGUCAACUUAUACUAAGAUAGAAACUUUAAAACAAUGUUCGACAGACUAUUGAAUUUUCAAAUGUU